AGAAAGUUGUUUCUACAGAGACAGCGCGGGCUCAUGUACAGGAGACAGGACCGCAUCCUAGAGAAGGACGAUGAUGUCGUAAAUGAUCUUCCACGUAAAAAUCGAAAACAUGGCCAAAUCCCAAUAAGCCGAAGUCCAUCUUCUGUGAGGACACCGUCAAAUAAGGCAUCCACAUCCGGACAGUAUUCCGCAUCCACUUCCGCAGAUGAAACGCCUACACCCAUAACAGAUAUAGUGCGACGACUAUGGGAAUAUCGCGAAGUGCGAAAUGCAAUCGAGGAUUACGACAAGGAACUUUUCAAGAAGAUAGCUAAUUGCAUAUUCCGAUAAACACUCGAUAAUCCAGUUUAUUGUGAAUUAUGGAGCAUAUAUGCGCGACAAUAGUGCUUUUCCAUCUUUUGCGGUUUUGAGCUCUCCUUCUUUUGUCAUAUUCACCACUGGGUUCGUUAGAAAAUGUUACUAACCAAUGCGUUGCUAAAAGUGUAUUUGAAAUUUUUAUUGUAGAGCUGUCGCUAGUGCUAUCGUAAAUGAUACAUUUUAUCACUUUUUGGUGGGAAAUCAAGUGGAAGGUAGGCACGCAAUUUUCAAAGCAACAUCUAAGAUAGCUUCAUGUGUUAACAAUGUACAUGCCUU